UGAAUGGAGGUCAGUGGAGGGAUUGGCAGAGAGGCGUGGAGGACACUGAGUGGAGGCCAGUGGAGGGAUUGGCAGAGAGGGGUGGAGGACACUGAGUGGAGGCCAGUGGAGGGAUUGGCAGAGAGGGGGUGGAGGACACUGAAUGGAGGCCAGUGGAGGGAUUGGCAGAGAGGGCUGGAGGACACUGAAUGGAGGCCAGUGGAGGGAUUGGGAGAGAGGGGUGGAGGACACUGAAUGGAGGCCAGUGGAGGGAUUGGCAGAGAGGGGUGGAGGACACUGAAUGGAGGCCAGUGGAGGGAUUGGCAGAGAGGGGUGGCAGAUACAGAAUGGUUAGUAAGGUGGAUGAGUCUGGCAGCAGCAU